CUUUAAGCAGUGUGGCCACAGUAGGUUGACGUCGCCAUGGCAAGCCGAAAAACUUCGCACCAAAACCGGGACAGUGGGGACAAAUACUCCGUGCUGUUGCCCACGUACAACGAAAGGGAAAAUUUACCUUUGAUAGUGUGGCUUUUGGUUAAAUAUUUCGGUGAAAGCGGGUUUAACUACGAGAUAAUUGUCAUCGACGAUGGAAGCCCAGAUGGGACACUGGAGGUGGCGGAGCAGUUGCAGAAGAUUUAUGGAGAGGAUAAAAUACUUUUACGACCAAGAGCGAAAAAAUUAGGCCUAGGCACGGCCUACAUCCACGGCAUGAAGCAUGCUACUGGAAACUUCAUCUUCAUAAUGGACGCAGAUCUUUCCCAUCAUCCCAAAUUUAUCCCAGAAUUUAUUGAAAAGCAGAAGGAUGGUGACUACGACCUGGUGUCUGGUACUCGAUACCAAGGGAACGGAGGCGUAUACGGCUGGGAUCUGCGCAGGAAGCUCAUCAGCCGGGGGGCCAACUUCUUGACUCAAGUGUUACUGAGACCCGGUGCUUCAGACCUCACAGGCAGCUUCAGGCUGUACAAGAAGAAGGUGUUGGAGAGUCUGGUUGAGCGGUGCGUGUCCAAAGGGUACGUCUUUCAGAUGGAGAUGAUCGUCCGCGCCAGACAGCUCAACUACACAAUUGGAGAAGUCCCCAUUUCCUUUGUGGAUCGAGUUUACGGAGAGUCCAAACUCGGAGGGAACGAGAUUGUGUCAUUCGCAAAAGGACUGCUCACACUCUUUGCCACGACAUGAUCAGGGAUGUCCUGCGUUUGGACGUCCCACAGUCAUUUAGUUAUUCUUUCACCCCUAAAGUUACUGUCUUUAAUACAGUAGUUGUCAGACUUGCAGUGGUGGGGAAAGCUCCACUCGCCUUUGGUCAGACAGUGACAUGAUGGCAGAUGACAGGGGAGACAUCUCUCUCCUGUUAGCAUUAAAUAUAAAGCUAUUUCCUGACACUAGCCGUCCUGAAUACUGAAGGUACUGAGUGCUUUACAUUCCCAUCAUCCUGUUCAAUGAAUUUUGAGCAAAGCACAUGGUGUCUCAUCAUUCCCAGUCCAGACAGCUGACUGAACUCUGCAUCAGCAUGAUUGCCAGAUGGGUUUAAGUACACAUUUGACUGCAACACCUCUGUUUGUUUGUAUAAAAUUAAACUCCUUCUACUGUU